UUUAUUUAUCGCAUGUGAUGUGGUGUGUUGCUGUUGUUAAAUAAGUACUGGUUUUUCGUUUUGUUGAGUGUCUUGCUGCUCAUUCUAAUCAUUGUACUGUUUAGUUUUGACAAAGAUUUGUUAAUUAUUCAAGAAGGGUAAACUUGAAUUUACUGUUCAUGAUGGAGGCCUUGGAGGAGUACGACAAUGACUCACGAGAAUAUGAAUCUUAUUUGGAAGCCAGAGAUUCCAGUAUUGUACUGGGCUGGAAUAUGGCAGAGUCGAAAGGAAAUUCAAACAACGAUCAUUCGGAUAGGUCGAAAGAACUGGAUGCAUCUGAUGAUUGUAUUCUUCUCCCUGACCAGGUGAAAAAUCCUCCAUACAAUAAGGAUGAAGGCAUUAAUGUUCAUUUACGCAUCAAAAAGUCCAACGUCGACACAAAACUCUACACAAUAGAAGAUAAAAUACUAAUCUGCGCAGUCCCGGAAGGCUCGCACGCUGCCAGAAACAAAAGAGAAGGCAGCACGGUAUCGAGGAAGUUCAAAUUUACUAAUAUUUUCGAUCAAGAAACGAGUCAAAAACAUAUUUUUGAUAGCAUUAUUAAAGCGAAAAUACUAAAUUUUAUCAAUGGGAACAAUAGCACUGUGCUGGCUUAUGGUGCCUCAGGCUCUGGCAAAACCUUCACUAUGAUUGGCACUGAAGAGCAACCUGGCAUUAUUCCAAGAUCUCUAGACUAUUUUUUCCGCACUUUAGAGUCGCACGUUAACAAAAAACCAAUUGCAAAACCAUUGCCAGAUGGCGGAGUUCAGUUUCUAACUGAGUCACAAACAGCGCAAGAACUUUCGAUUCUCAAAAAUAUUCUUGCAGACUCGAAAUCACAAGCAGAACAAGUUUCACAUAGUAAAACGUUCAGUCACAUGCAAAGGCGAUUGAGUAUUAACAAUGUGGGAACGCUCAAUAAAUUCACACCUAUUCUUGCUGUUUGGGUCUCAUUCGCUGAAAUCUAUAAUGAAAACAUUUAUGAUUUACUGCAGCCAGAUCCAGGCAGACACCAGCAAAGACCAAGAUUGAGAAUUGGUGGCUUACAAGAUGAGACCUACAUUAGAGGAUUGAAAUAUGUGUUUGUUCAGUCUGGUCUGGAAGCAUAUAGGCUUUUGCACUAUGGUAUGCAUAACCUAAGCUAUGCAGCGACCGCAGUAAAUGAACACUCGAGCCGAUCGCACUGUAUUUUUUCAAUCAGAUUAGCUUCAGGAUACAACCAAAAAAAUUGUAAUGUGUCAAUAUUCAAUUUUUGCGACUUGGCCGGCUCGGAACGUCUCAAGAAAACUUUGAAUGUUGGCGAGAGAUUGAGAGAAUCGACUAAGAUUAAUUCGUCAUUGAGCGUCUUAGGAAGGUGCAUAUCAAGCAUUAAAGAUAUGCAGCAAGGGGCAAGAGGUGUUUCCACUGCUCCAUUCAGAGAUUCUAAAUUGACCAUACUAUUUCAAAAAGCCUUACAAGGCAAAGAAGAUAUUUCCAUGAUUGUGAACAUUAAUGCUUCUCCUGAUAUGUAUGAUGAUACCCAACACGUUUUAAUGUUCUCUGCUGUUGCUCAAGAAAUUACAACUAGAGUUGAGCCAAAAAUUUUAAAACGCAGCAGAUAUUCUGCAUACAAUAAGAAUUUAUUGAAUUAUGUAAUAGAAGAAAAGGAAAAUGACGAAAGAAAUGAAGAAAUAACAAAACUAAGAAAUGAGAAAGCUGAUUUGGUUUUGGAACUUACCAAACAAAAAGAACUUUUUGAUAAGGAGAUGGAAGAAGAGAGAAAUUAUGUGAUUGAAAACCAUGAGAAAAGAUUUAAUAUUCUCUCGAAACAAGUGACUGCGUUGAAACAAGAAAAUAAGCAAUUGGAAAAAUCGAAAGUUCUAUUAGAAAGGCAAGUUAGACAGUUGAAAAUGGAAUUAAUUGAAAAAGAACAAGUAAUAACGUUCUCAAGUAAUAAAGAUUCUGGUAAUGAAGGUGGAGAGACAGAAAAUAAAGACUUGGAAUACAAAAUAGCCGCGUAUCAAUUGGAAGUAGAAGGGCUUAAAGACAAAAACCAGAAACUUAAAGAAGACGUCAAGGAACUCGUGGCAAAAUAUCUGGAACAAGAAAGAAUUUAUCAAGAACAGGGUGAAGAAAUUCAAGAAUUAAGAGACACCUUAUCUGAUUCAAAAAUGGAUUUCGAGUCACUAUCAAAUGAACUAGAAAGGCACAAAAAAAGCGUGCAAGAAUUAACUAGCGAGAUUGUUGAGUUAUCAGAUAAACGAGCAUUUGAUGAACAAGAGCUAGAGGAUUUAAGACAGCAAAAUUAUCAACUUAGACAAGAAAUUGAAAAUAUGGAAGCUGUAAAUGAAGUCACACAACCUCUUGGACUAGAGGAUGACAAAGAGAAUGCGCCUCCCCUAACUUGUCGAUAGUGCCUGGUGCAGCUGAUGCAGAAUGUUUUCCCUUGGAACUACCCGAACUGUUACGUCUUACUUCCUUAAAUUAAGUUUUUCAUUUUGUGAUGUACAUAAUAAUAAAUAAUAAUAAUAAACAAUUUUUUAUUU